CCGCUGCCCAUCAUUUCCGGGGACACCGCGCAGGACGCAGGCUGCUGUUCACGGGACACUCCGGGUCCCCAGGGACCACGACAGGACGGCCCGGCAGCGGGGAUGAGCCUGUGAAACUGCGGCGCCGCGCGGAGGUAGCCCUGUCGUGGGAGGGAACUCCUUCCAGGUUCGGAGGCGGAGGCCGAGGAGGGAAGGACUCGGGGGCCGAACCGCGGGGCGGGGCCGGGCGGCAGCCUGCGACUCCAGUUGAGCAACCUGAGCCGGAGCCGGAGGACGCCGCUGCCUGCCGCGGUCCGAGCUCCACGCGCCGCGAUGGGCCAGGCGAGCCGCUCCGCCGCGCUGCUGCGCGCGCUGCUGCUGCUGCUGCCGCCGCCGCUGCUGCCGCUGCUGCUGCUGCUGGGGACGACCACAACGACGACGUGUGCGCUCGGCCCCCGGAUCACUGUGCCGCUGGACUCUGAAGAAAGGCUGAUCCGAAGAUUUGAAGCUGAAGACAUCUCCAACUACACUGCCCUUCUGCUGAGCCAGGAUGGCCAGACACUGUAUGUCGGGGCCCGAGAGGCCCUCUUUGCUCUUAACAGCAACCUCAGCUUCCUGCCGGGCGGCGAGUACCAAGAGCUGCUGUGGAGCGCAGAUGCGGAGAGGAAGCAGCAGUGCAGCUUCAAGGGCAAGGACCCGAAGCGAGACUGUCAAAACUACAUCAAGAUCCUCCUGCCACUCAACAGCAGCCACCUGCUGACCUGUGGCACUGCAGCCUUCAGCCCCCUGUGCGCCUACAUCAACAUAGCGAGCUUCACGUUAGCCCGAGAUGAGGCCGGCAGUGUCCUCCUGGAGGAUGGCAAGGGCCGUUGUCCCUUUGACCCCAACUUCAAGUCCACAGCCCUGGUGGUUGAUGGUGAGCUGUACACUGGAACAGUCAGCAGCUUCCAGGGAAACGACCCAGCCAUUUCCCGGAGCCAGAGUUCCCGCCCCACCAAGACCGAGAGCUCCCUCAACUGGCUACAAGACCCCGCCUUUGUAGCCUCAGCCUACGUUCCUGAGAGCCUGGGCAGCCCGAUAGGAGACGACGAUAAGAUCUACUUCUUCUUCAGUGAGACGGGCCAGGAGUUCGAGUUCUUUGAGAACACCAUUGUGUCCAGGGUUGCCCGAGUCUGCAAGGGCGAUGAAGGUGGAGAGCGGGUGUUGCAGCAGCGCUGGACCUCCUUCCUCAAGGCCCAGCUUCUGUGCUCCCGGCCUGACGAUGGCUUCCCCUUUAACGUCCUACAAGAUGUCUUCACCCUGAGCCCCAACCCCCAGGAUUGGCGCAAGACCCUUUUCUAUGGGGUCUUCACCUCCCAGUGGCACAGAGGGACCACAGAGGGCUCUGCCAUCUGUGUCUUCUCCAUGGAUGAUGUGCAGAAGGCCUUUGAUGGCCUGUACAAGAAAGUGAACAGAGAGACACAGCAGUGGUACACUGAGACCCACCCAGUGCCCACACCUCGGCCUGGAGCGUGCAUCACCAAUAGUGCCCGAGAAAGGAAGAUCAACUCGUCCCUGCAGCUCCCAGACCGCGUGCUGAACUUCCUCAAGGACCACUUCCUGAUGGAUGGACAGGUCCGCAGCCGCCUGCUGCUGCUUCAGCCACAAGCCCGCUACCAGCGCGUGGUGGUGCACCGCGUACCUGCCCUGCACAGCACAUACGACGUCCUCUUUUUGGGCACUGGUGAUGGCCGCCUGCACAAGGCAGUGAGCCUAGGCUCCAGAGUGCACAUCAUUGAGGAGCUGCAGGUCUUCCCUCACGGACAGCCUGUGCAGAACCUGCUCUUGGACAGCCGUGGGGGGCUGUUGUAUGCCUCCUCCCACUCCGGCGUAGUGCAAGUGCCGGUAGCCAACUGUAGCCUGUACGCAAGCUGUGGGGACUGCCUCCUGGCUCGAGACCCGUACUGCGCCUGGAACGGCUCCAGCUGCAGGCUCCUCAGCCUCUACCAGCCUGAUCUGGCCUCCAGGCCAUGGAUCCAGGACAUCGAGGGCGCCAGUGCCAAGGAACUCUGCAAUAUCUCCUCAGCCAGGCCCCGCUCUUUUGUGCCAGCAGGCAAGCCUUGUAAGCAAGUCCAGAUCCAACCUAACACAGUGAACACCCUGGCCUGUCCACUCCUCUCCAACCUGGCCACUCGGCUCUGGCUGCACAAUGGAGCCCCUGUCAAUGCAUCUGCCUCCUGCCGUGUGCUGCCUACUGGGGACCUGCUGCUGGUUGGCAGCCAGCAGGGGUUGGGGGUGUUCCAGUGUUGGUCCAUAGAAGAAGGAUUCCGGCAGCUUGUGGCCAGCUACUGCCCAGAGGUGAUGGACGAGGAGGCGAUGAGCCGAAAGGACCAGCGUGAUGGUAUCCCGGUCAUUAUCAACACAUCAAGAGUGAGCGCACCAGCUGGCGGCAGGGCCAGCUGGGGUGCAGACAAGUCGUACUGGAACGAAUUCCUGGUGAUGUGCACUCUGUUUGGGCUUGCUGUGGUGCUUCUGGUUUUGUUCUUUCUGUACCGACAUCGGGAUGGCAUGAAACUCUUCCUAAAGCAGGGUGAAUGUGCCAGCGUGCACCCCAAGACUCGCCCUGUAGUGCUCCCCCCUGAGAGCCGACCACUCAAUGGUGUCGGCCCUCCUAGUACCCCGCUUGACCACCGGGGCUACCAGGCUCUGUCAGACAGCUCCCCGGGGCCCCGAGUCUUUACCGAGUCUGAGAAGAGGCCGCUGAGUAUCCAGGACAGCUUCGUGGAGGUUUCUCCCGUGUGUCCCCGGCCCCGAGUUCGACUGGGCUCUGAGAUCCGAGACUCUGUAGUAUAAGAGCCGACUUUAGAUGUAGCCACCCUGGCCUCGGGGGACCAGUGAAUGUUCGGUGGAGGCCAGCGAGACCUCUGCUCCUCACAGGGCACGACCACGGUACGCUGCCUGAGGCGGCUGGUAGCACAGCCCCGAGAGCCUAGCCAGCUGGUUCCAGUUCCUGGCUGAAGAUGGGGCUGCCUGCAGGGGCCAGAGGGCCCUUGUCUGCGUGGCAGGACUCUGCUACUUAAACUGAGCCCUUUGAUUAAAACUGCAAAUGUGAAGCCAGAGCAAGAGUGAAAAGAGACAGAGACAAGGAAGACUGCGACACAGCCACUCCAGUUCAGCCUGCUGGGCUCUUGGGGACUUAUCCAAAGUGGCUUUGUGAGCCAGAGUUGGGACUCCCUCCCCCACUGGCCUCUUCUACCGCCUUACUCUGCUGCCGAGGGCUUCCCUUUCUCAGUGCAGAACCAGGGCCCUUGCUCCAGCCUCAGUCGCUGACACCCCACCACACCACCUCAGGGACCAGAGGGCUAGGCUGGUUCUGCAGCCCUCAUCAGACCCCAGGCUCAGUUCCAGUUCCCAGACUUUUCCGGAUUAUUCCGGACUUUUCUGGCCUGUAUCAGGCUGUGGCCUCGAGAGCAAGGGAGUGACCCCAGGGGAGUUUGUGAUAGAAGACCGUUGCCUACUGCCUUUUCCCCAGCCAGAAGACUGUACCCUCACCAACCUCAUCAGUCCUAUCUUCCAACACAAGGACUUCUGGACCCUCCCUGGUUCUAGUUCACCCUGCCCUCACUUAUCACUCUUAAGGGAUACUGACACUGCCCAUCACAAGGACUCUGAAUUACGUGGGUUUUAUAUAUUUUUUUUUUGAUAAGAAGCACUUUACUUUCUUUUUUAAAUAAAAUCUGACAGAUUAUAGGUAA